AACAUUCUUUAAUUAUAAAUACCAAGUUAGCAUGAUGCAUCUCACAUACAAAAUGUCAUCUCUUCUUCCAUAUGGAAUUAAUUUCUUUCUUGUAUACAUGUACAUUCAAAAUUGACAUAUAUCUCAGCUAGCUCAAGGGUUGCAUUUUCGUUGUUUCUAGAUAGGAUUAUAUCAAUAACAUUUCAGCCAUAUAACCAGUUAUAUUUACACAAGAUUUCGGCCAUAUAACCAAUUCAUUAAAAUGUAGACAACGUUUCUCAACUUUGUCUGCAAUGUUUAGUCCCACUAUCCGAGAUAUGAAGCCGAAGCAUACAUUUUGUUUGACAUUUAGGGGUUGUUUGUUUUUUGUUUGCACAUCUGCGUGACAUCUUUUGUAUGUGUCGCGCAGACCACGCGCAAACAUAAGGGUUCGCAGUGUGUUUUUUUUCGAAAAUCCACAGACAUAGAAACAUCUGCGCGAGCUGUUCAUGCCACAGACUUGGCAUUAAGUCCUGCACACUUUAUUCAAAAAUAAAUAAAUUACGCAUCUUAUUACUCUCGACAUAUCAGUCUCUCCUUCCUUCUCACCAUUCAACCAUCCGUGAUUCACCGGUCGUCUUCCUCCUCUCGCUGUUGUUGCCUUCCAGAUCGGUGGUCGUCCUCAACAGUCGUGUCAUCGACGUCUACAGUCGCCGCCGACAUCCAUUACUACAUCCUCACAAUCGAUGACUCCCUUCACUAUCGAUUUUCUUCAGCCUCAUCUCCUCCUCUUGUCGUCGAACAUCUCCAGGUCUACGCCGCUGCUACCUUGUCGAACCACCGGACCAGAGGAUCUCCUGAAAAUAGAUUUGCCCACCAUAUGUUUGAUGAAAUGCUUGCGAGAGCUUGAGUUUAAUAGUCGAGGAAUGAAGUUUGGCUUGCCGGUUUAUUUGCUCAUGGUGGUGGGCAAGGGAUGAUUGGUUGGUGGAACAUUUGUUUUUUUAUUGUGUGUGAUGUAGGUUUGAAUUCAAUUAGUCCAUUGGUUUUGCUAAUCUGUGUCCGAUUGCCAACG